GGAAUGGAGAAUAGGGUGAUAGCUUAUCUUUAGGAUAAUAGACAAUGCAGUCUGUGCUAUAAGCUCAUGUGAUGGUAAAGCCUCCCAGGAGGCCAAAGUUUUGCCCAAAUAUGGUGUGAGGGUAGGGCAUUUAAAGUUUGAGAUAACAGGCUGUCUGGCCAUUUGCUAAAAAGAUUUGAGAAACGGAAGCAAAAGAUGGGAGAGAUGGGAGACCCAGUCCAGCUGAAAGAGGAAGGCAACAAGCACUUCCAGGCAGGAGAGAUUGACAAAGCCAUCGAGUGCUACACAAAAGCCAUCAAAGUCUGCAAGGACAAAAAUGCACAGGCUGUCAUCUACAGAAACAGAGCUGCCUGUUUCCUAAAGAAGGAAAAUUAUUCCAAUGCUGCUUCAGAUGCCUCCAAAGCCAUAGACGUGGAUGCUUCUGACAUCAAAGCUCUCUACAGAAGAUGUCAAGCCUUAGAGAAACUGGGGAAACUGGACAUGGCCUUUAAAGAUGUCCAGAGAUGUGCAACACUGGAACCUAAAAAUAAAACUUUUCUGGAGACUCUCAGGAGACUUGGAGCUCAGAUCCAACAAAAGCUGAAGACCACCUUCUCCACAGACUCUAGAGUGCAGAAUAUGUUUGACAUCUUGCUGAGUGAUGAAGCAGAUAAAGAUAAGAAAGAAAAGGCGGCUAACAACCUGAUUGUCCUGGCUCGAGAAGAUGCUGGCUCGGAGAGAAUCUUCCAGAACAAUGGAGUGGCUCUGCUCGUGCAGCUCAUCGAGACUGGGAAUGUUGAGAUGAUCCUGGCUGCCAUCCGGACCUUGUCUGGAAUGUGUACAGGCCACCGAGCCAGGGCCACUGCCAUCAUCCACAUGGUAGGAAUUGACAAGCUGUGUAGUAUUAUGGCCAUGGAUAAUGAGGAGAUCGCUCUGGCAGCCUGCAACUUAUUCCAGGCCAUUUAUGACUCCCUGUCUGGGGCGGACAACAGGGUUUAUGGGAAAGAGGAGGCCCUUGUGCUUGACUCAAACAAGGAUCUAAAGACUAUUCUGCUCAAACUGCUGGACAUGAUUGUCAGUAAGAACGUAUCAGGACAUGGACGAGACCAGGCUCUUAACCUGCUUAGUAGAAAUGUGCCCAGAAAGGACAAGAAAGAUCCGGAUCACUCCAAGGCCCUGUUUACAGUCGAUCAUGGCCUGAAGAAGAUUCUAAAGGUGUGUGGUCAGGUGCCUGAGCUGCCCGAUCAGUUGCCCAUGACAGAGAAUACGCAGCUUAUUGCCAGUGUGCUUCUUAACAAGCUCUAUGAUGAUCUGCGAUGCGAUCCUGAGAGGGACAACUACAGAGAUAUCUGUGAUGAUUACAUCAAGAGCAAAUUUGAUCCCAACGACAUGGACAAAAACAUCCAUGCCAUGAACGCUUUGUCAGGCUUGAUGCAGGGGCCCUACGAAGUGGGAAACAUGCUUGUGGGUCGUCAGGGAGUGAUGGAAAUGAUGGUCGCUCUGUGUGGGUCUGAGCGAGAGGUGGAUCAGCUUGUGGCCAUAGAAGCUCUCAUUCACGCCUCCACCAAAAUGAGCAGAGCUUCCUUCAUCAUCACUAAUGGUGUGUCUUUGCUUAAGGACAUCUACAAGAAGACCAAUAAUGAGAGGAUCAAGAUCAGAGCACUUGUGGGUUUGUGUAAACUGGGCUCAGCUGGAGGUGAUGAUUAUAGCAUGAGACAGUUCGCUGAGGGCUCCACUGAAAAACUGGCCAAGCAGUGCAGAAAAUGGCUAUGUAACCCCACUCUUGACGUUCGCUCAAGAAAAUGGGCGAUUGAGGGUUUAGCAUACCUGACCAAUGAUGCUGACGUAAAAGAUGACUUUGUUGAGGACGAGCCAGCCAUGAGAGCCAUGUUUGAGCUUGCCAAGUCCAAAGAUAAAACCAUCCUGUAUGCUGUCGCCUGUACACUGGUGAACUGCACCAACAGUUAUGAAAAGAAAGAGAUCAUCCCUGAGUUGGUGCAGUUGGCCAAAUUCUCCAAGCAGCACGUCCCUGAGCAGCACCCAAAGGACAAGAAGGACUUCAUUGAGAGUAGAGUGAAAAAGCUCUUGAAAGCUGGAGUGAUAUCAGCACUUGCAGUCAUGGUCAAAGCAGACAGUUCCAUUUUGACUGAUCAAACCAAGGAAAUGCUUGCAAGGGUGUUCCUUGCUUUGGCUGAUGAUCCAAAAGAUCGUGGAACAAUUGUUGCCCAAGGUGGCGGAAAGGCUCUGAUUCCUUUGGCCCUUGAGGGAACAGACACUGGGAAAAUAAAGGCCUCCCAUGCACUGGCUAAGAUUGCCGCCGUCUCCAACCCUGAGAUUGCCUUCCCUGGUGAGAGGAUAUAUGAAGUUGUACGACCACUGGUGUCCCUGCUGAACACAGAAAGAGACGGCAUUCAGAACUAUGAGUCGUUAGUGAGUCUCACUAAUUUGGCUGCACUAAAUGACAAGCUUCGAAUGAAAAUCCUGAAGGAGAAGGCUCUUCCAGAGAUUGAGAACUACAUGUUUGAGGAGCAUGAGCAAAUCAGACAGGCUGCUACAGAAUGCAUGUGCAAUCUUGUGUGCUGUAAACAGGUUCAGGAGAGGUAUCUGGAGGAUGGUAAUGACAAGCUGAAGCUCCUCCUACUGCUUUGUGGUGAGGAUGAUGAAAAGCUACAGAUAGCAGCAGCUGGUGGAUUGGCCAUGAUCACGGCAGCGGAGAAGAAGCUGUGUGUCAAGUUGACCAAAGUGACUGAUCAGUGGCUUGAGAUCCUCCAGAGGCUGUGCAUCCAUGACAAUCCUCAAAUCCAGCACCGAGGCAUUGUGGUUAUCUUCAACAUGAUGGAAGCUGAUGCAGAGUUGGCUAAGAAGCUAAUGGGGACUGAGAUACUGGAGAUCCUUACCUAUGUUGCCAAGAUGGAGGACAAUCCCAAGAAACAGGGGGGAAUUGAUGCAGCACGUGCAUGCCUGUCCAAAGCCAUGGAUCUUGGACAUAUCAAGCCUUUCACACAAUAAGACAGGAAGAAAAUUGAUUCAUUGGGAUUUGUAAUUAUUAAUAGUGGCAGACUUUGUGCCUUUGAGCAGUGGCAUGUAUAGGUUUUUAGACAUGGGGCGGCAAAGAGGAAGGCAGGGGCACAAAAAAGCGGGUUUUUUACUGUAUGAUUAUAACAGUCUUUUAAGAUUAUAAAUUGUCACACUGCACGAGACAAUCCCAAUAAAUUCUUGGUUAAAUUCCAUAGCAGACUGUGGGAUAAUGCGUUCUCCAUGUCAGAUUAUAUGAUGAAGAUCCUCUAACGAUAGACCCGUGAUUACAGAAAAUUACUGUGUUCUGCUUAUGUUAUCGCUUAGUGUGAUCGGGCUCCUGAAAAAAUGGGGUUGCAUAAACAGAAACAUUCUUUAAAUUGAGCUUGAGGAAAUAAGAAUUAUUUUCUGUCCAUUAGUGUAUCUGUAGCUGUCCUGUGAGUUUUGUGUCAUCUUAUUGGUAGCUUUUAGACAAACGUACUGAUUCUGCCAGAACUUCACGUUAUCUUAUUCGCGUUGUAUUUUCCUUCACAGUGGCACUAAAUCUGCCGAUGGUGAAUAUGCCUCAUUAUGGGUUUUAAGACUGCAUAUCUCAACAUAAGACCAAAGAAUUCUUUUUCAAUGUGAGAUUUUUGGUUGUGGCAGUAGAACUGGGCCAAUAAUCAUACAGCGUAAAGCCGUCUUAGCUAGACAUAUCAAGCCUUUCACACAAUAAGACAGGAAGAAAAUUGAUUCAUUGGGAUUUGUAAUUAUUAAUAGUGGCAGACUUUGUGCCUUUGAGCAGUGGCAUGUAUAGGUUUUUAGACAUGGGGCGGCAAAGAGGAAGGCAGGGGCACAAAAAAGCGGGUUUUUUACUGUAUGAUUAUAACAGUCUUUUAAGAUUAUAAAUUGUCACACUGCAUGAGACAAUCCCAAUAAAUUCUUGGUUAAAUUCCAUAGCAGACUGUGGGAUAAUGCGUUCUCCAUGUCAGAUUAUAUGAUGAAGAUCCUCUAACGAUAGACCCGUGAUUACAGAAAAUUACUGUGUUCUGCUUAUGUUAUCGCUUAGUGUGAUCGGGCUCCUGAAAAAAUGGGGUUGCAUAAACAGAAACAUUCUUUAAAUUGAGCUUGAGGAAAUAAGAAUUAUUUUCUGUCCAUUAGUGUAUCUGUAGCUGUCCUGUGAGUUUUGUGUCAUCUUAUUGGUAGCUUUUAGACAAACAUACUGAUUCUGCCAGAACUUCACGUUAUCUUAUUCGCGUUGUAUUUUCCUUCACAGUGGCACUAAAUCUGCCGAUGGUGAAUAUGCCUCAUUAUGGGUUUUAAGACUGCAUAUCUCAACAUAAGACCAAAGAAUUCUUUUUCAAUGUGAGAUUUUUGGUUGUGGCAGUAGAACUGGGCCAAUAAUCAUACAGCGUAAAGCCGUCUUAAGUGGUGACCACCUAGUUAUGUAUAGGCCAUUGUUAUGUUUGCAGAAUAUCUGAUUUCCUCCUUAGUUUGCCAUAUAACAUUACUGUAGUGGCUUCAUAGUCACUAUAUAUUGUCCAUAAGGGAUUUGGCUUUCAGUUACAAAAGAUAUUAUUUUACUAGAUAUAAGUCUGCAUUAAUUGAGUAAUAGAGCUUUCGGGUUAGAGUUAGACCUAUUUCUAGGGUAGCAGCUGCCACCCUGUGGCACCCCUGAGGCCAUGCCCCUGCCUCUGAGACUGCUCUGCUUUCUGGGAAAGUGGAAGUAUUAGGAAGCCUCUGACAGGAAAUAUUAUGUCGAUAAUGCAUGAAUUUUUAGGGUUUUUCUGUGGUCACUGUUUUAACUGCUUUAAUUUGGUUUAUUUUUUAUUUUAAGUCACUAAGUUCUAUGUAUUUGACUUAUAUGUUUAUUAAAAAACUAUACAGAUUUUUGAAAAA